AUGACACGCGCAGCUUCGAUAGGGAAUGAUAAAUCUCACUGUACUUGUCCAGAGAUGCCAUUUGAAGUUGUUGGUUGUCCUUUCAUUUGGCACCGGUAUAUUAAUUCCACGAGGUUCACGGCUUCUGAGAUCCCAGAAACAUCUGAGAACUUUCUCAAAUGCAGUAACGCGCAAUUUGGCAAGUUCAAAAAGGAAAGAAAGAACGAUUGGGUGGCCCAAAAAACCACCGAAGCGGAGAAAUUAGCGUCGAAAGCUGCAGCUUCCCGAAUGCAACUUCCCAAUCCAAACACCACCUUACUUACCAAUCAAAUCUCAUCGAAGCCAAAUUGA